AAGAUCCGCCGCUUCCCGGCGCCCCGAUUGCUGCCUGGUCCCAUGUGAACUGGAAAGGCACGGCUAUGCUCGUAAGGACACCGCGCUCCGCCAAACUAAGGUCCCGGCCGCUACCAUGACUGAUGGCGAGAGCCCGGAGUCGCUGCCGCGCCCGGCCGGCGGCGAGGUGCGGGUGCCCAUCACCGUACCGCCGCGCCGCCCCGCCGAGCAGCCGCCGGAGGAUGCCGGCUCCGGCGGUUCUCCCGGCCGCGACCUGCCGCCCGACCUGGCCUCCGAGGAGGAGGAGCAGGUGCCUUACCCGGCGCUGGCACCCACCGCCUUCUUCUGCCUCAAGCAAACCACCCGCCCGCGCAGCUGGUGCCUCAGGCUGGUCUGUAAUCCAUAUCCUUUCCCCGAGGGACAACGCACCCCCCCCCCCCGGGGAUACCCCUCCCCUGGACCACCCCUUCGCACCCCGUCGGGGUUCUGCAUCCCGCGGGCUCACUGCUCCCUCGAGCACAUGGUGAUGCCACAACGCCCGCGGGGUCCCCAGUGCCUCUGUGCUGUCCCGAUCCCCACCUCGGGAAGUGGGAUGUGGGGGUCUGCAGGAGUGGGACAGGCAGGGAAUGUGUCCCUGCUGUGCUUAUCCUGCUGGCUUCAUCUGGGGGAUGCACACGCUGAGGUCCCCAUGCUUGCACCAGCCUCGUCCCACUGUUUGGUGUGGGAACAAGAGGGAUGGGGCGGUAGGACAAGGUGCUCAGCCUCAGCAUCCCAUUGGGGUGUGGGGUGCAGGGUGCUGAGCCACAGCCCUCUAGGACCCACAGAGGGGAGAACCCCUCAACUUCACUUAUCUCCUGGUGGGGUGACGAGAAGCAAAGUUUAAGGACAACCUCGUGUUUGUUUUAGUCAUAGUGGGGAAUUUCAGACAGGCGCUGACCCCCGCGCUGUUUAUAUAAGAGAGCGGCUCUGAGCUCGUGUUUGCCUUCUCCUCGCAGAGAAAUGGAGCGGGUUGGAGUUGCUUUGGAGAAGGCACAUGCCUCGGGUCCCAAAAACUCCCCUUUGCUUUUGUUCUCUUCCAACUUGCAGGCAGGGAAGGGAGAGGACAUCAAACCCCUAAAUCUCUCGCACUUCCCUGUGUCCAUUACCCAGUUUAUUAAUGUUAAGUAAGAGAGAGCAGCGUGCUUCUCUCCGCUGUGGCAUCCAGCAAAUUGAGUUUCACCCGAAAUGCUUGUGUGCAAGCAGAGAGUUGUCAGUCUGUCUUGGUAAUCUUCAGAAAGUGAGCUUUUAGCUUUGCUCUGCGCAUCGGCUCGGAAGCAUUGACAUGGUGCGGAUAAUUCAUGCUUUUACCUGUCCCUGAUACCUGCCUGCAGUUUGCUGCCUACAUCCUGCCACUGCUAUUAAAAGCAUUAUUUAUUAAUAUGGUUAUUAUUGAUCUCGCUUCAGUUAACCAGAGCAACCCCUGUGCGUCUGAGCUCACUGUGCUCCUCAGCAACACCCCCAAGGCGAGUGUUGUCGGGAGGAGGAAUUGCACAAUCCUCCCCUGAAUGCUUCUUGGGGGUGUUAUUAGGAGAAAUAACCAAAGGGAAACCCCACAGUAUUUAAGGCCUUGGGGCUCCUCUUGUUGGAACUAGGUUUAUGUGAGCUAUUGACUUGUGCAGAGAGAUUUCCGCUUGGCACUGUGGCGACGGGGG